UUAAUCCUGCUUGCUUUCAGAGGUUAACCUAUGAGGAGAAGAUGGCUCGCAGACUGCUGGGUGCUGACAAUGCUGCCACAGUGUUUAGCACACAGCAGGUGGAGGAGGAGCCAGUCACACAGGAGUAUAAAGUGUCCAGCUUCGAGCAGCGGUUGAUCAGCGAGAUCGAGUUCCGUCUGGAGCGCUCGCCUGUGGAGGAAUCUGACGAUGACGUUCAACAUAAUGAAGACACUCCCGGAGAGGUCGCACCGUUCUUCGAUCAGAAGCUCAAGCAUUACAAGGUCUUCGAAGGAAUGCCUGUGACCUUCAGCUGCAAGGUCAUCGGCGACCCAAAGCCAAAGGUGUACUGGUUUAAGGACGGAAAGCAGAUCUCAAAGCGCAGUGAACACUAUCGUAUCAGUCGUGAUCCAGACGGCACAUGUUUCCUGCACACAGCGGCUGCCUCGCUAGAUGAUGAUGGGAACUACACCAUUAUGGCAGGCAACCCAGCGGGGAGAGUGAGCUGUACUGGAAGGAUGAUGGUCCAGGCUGUGAACCAAAGGGGGAGAAGUCAGCGCUCCACACCUGGACACAUCCGCAGACCACGCUCAAGGUCCAGAGACAGCGGUGAUGAGAAUGAGAAUAUUCAGGAACGUCACUUCCGCCCUCAUUUUCUGCAGGCCCCCGGUGACCUUAUUGUGCAGGAGGGUAAACUUUGCCGCAUGGACUGCAAGGUAAGUGGCCUGCCAACACCUGACCUCAUCUGGCAGCUGAAUGGCCAGACCAUCCGUCCAGACCCCUCCCACAAGAUGCUGGUGAGGGAGAACGGGGUUCACUCAUUGGUCAUUGAGCCUGUCACUAGCAGAGAUGCAGGAGUUUACACGUGCAUCGCCAGCAACAGAGCUGGACAGAACUCAUUCAACCUAGAGCUCAUCGUUGCAGCCAAAGAGAUGCAUAAAACUCCAUGUUUCAUUGAGAAACUCCAGAACACAAGUGUCGCUGAGGGGCACCCAGUGCGUCUAGAGUGCCGUGUGUCUGGAGUCCCGUUCCCACAGAUCUUCUGGAAGAAAGAGAACGAGUCCUUCACUCAUAACACCGACAGGAUAAGCAUGCACCAGGACAACUUUGGUUACCUCUGUAUGAUCAUCCAGCCGACUCUGAAGGAAGACGCAGGCUGGUACACAGUUUCAGCUAAGAACGAAGCUGGCAUCAUCUCCAGUACAGCACGUCUCGACGUACACGCCCAGUGGCAGCAGACUCACAUCCCGAAGCCCAAGAAGGUGCGUCCAUCAGCGAGCCGCUACGCCGCUCUGACAGAACGGGGUUUGGAUGUGAAGGCAGCCUUCUUCCCAGACUCCAAUCCUCUUCCUCCCGGCACCCUAGUGGAGAGUGACGACCUGUAGAGACUAGCAUGGAGGAUCUGACCUUCGAACCCCAAUCCCUUGAUCCAGCGUACUCCAUAAUCCCCACCCAUUUCCCAACAAAACCCUCUUGGCUGGGGUUGGAUGAAAAAGGGAUCGAUUGACUUUGAAUGGCGAUCUAAGCAUUUCCUCAGAGAUUUGGAUUCUUGGUAUAAUCACUUCUUCUCCGGAGGACCAUUUGCUUUACUUUUAUUUCAGUUGUUUUCUGAGGGGAAGUGAUGUGGGUGCUUAAGUGAGGUCAUAUCCUGCUUGUAAACAGACUUGAUGGUUCGCUGGCGCACUUAACACACACACACACACACACACACACACCCCCCAGCACGUGCUUUGAGGAAGGAGGUAAUAUACCGAUGAUCACCUUAUUUUUCAUCUCUAGAUUUCACGAGUGCCUAAGAAAUAUUUCAUUUAAAAAUAUAUAUAUAUAUUAAAAAAAUCUAUUCAAAUAACUAGCAUCUAGCUGUGCAUGUUACUACGGUGCCAACAUGUAACACUUUUUAUGUAUGUAGUUAUAAUGCCUUAGAUUAUAUUUAUGAAACGCUGGAGGAAAUGUCUUCCUCUCCAGCACAGGAAAUAGGACUUUUUUUGGGUGGUUGGUUCUCUGGAUGUAGGGAACAGGGCUGUGGAAAGAUGGACACCCCUAAAACUCCAUAGACCUCAUCGUCCCUGGAGCUUCAGGGUCCUUGAGAUCCAGCAUAUUGAUCAAACGCACACUGCCAUAGAUAGAUGCCGCGUCUGGAUCUCGGCUCCAAUCCAGAGAUGUCGCACAAGGCCGGGCCUUAAUGAUCUUUUCCCACCCUGUCUUUUUUUAGGAGAGAUUAAAAGCGGAGACUGAUAUGUCAUUAACAUGAGUGAUGAGAUUUUUGUACGUUUUGGCUGACUGACAGGUUUGGACAGUUUGUUGUGUUUCCAUGGAAGCGAGAGUAAUGAGGAAUGCCUAUGAUGGAAGUACAGGAAACCGAAUUGACGCAUGCAUGUUUGUGGAGGAUGGGCUGAUUGUGGAAGGCGGCGAGAUUUAUACGAGUAUUAUGGAUUUUAACAAUGAUGGUGCAUGGAAUGAUGAGAUGGUAAUGCUUUGACAGGUAGGCUUCAGUUUUCAGG